CGUGGCUUAAGAGCUGCGCGCGCAGAGAGCUGAUGUCAAGUGGCCGUACAAGAAAAUGGCGGCCGCCGUGCUCCAAGCUGCGCUGCGAGGGUGGAAAACAGGCCUCCUGCCGGGCUGCGGGUUACGGCCGCUGAGCCAGAUGCAGGGGCCUCCUAGUUACCCUGGUUUCGUGGAGUCUGUGGAUGAAUAUCAAUUUGUGGAACGCCUGAUCCCCCCCACCAGCAUCCCAAAGCCCGCCAAGCAUGACUGCUAUCCAACUGCUAGUGGCUGGCAGCCCCCCAGAGACCCACCCCCCAACCUGCCCUACUUUGUGAGGCGCUCUCGAAUGCAUAACAUCCCUGUCUACACGGACAUCACACAUGGCAACCGAGAGAUGACAGUGAUCCGGAAGGUGGAGGGGGACAUUUGGGCCCUGAAGAAGGACGUGGAGGAGUUUCUGCUCCCCCAGCUGGGCAAGAAGCCGAUCACUCAGGUCAAUGAGGUGACAGGCACCCUGCGGGUCAAAGGCUACUUUGACACACAGCUCAAAGCCUGGCUGCUGGAGAAAGGCUUCUGAGGCCUCAUGGGGCGGCUGCAUGGAUGCCCCAGAUUCUUGGGAGCCUCAGGAGGAACUGGGGGUAGGAACAGCUAGGACUGUGGCAGAGAUCAAAGAUGUGAGCAGAUUAGCCCACACGGUACAGGGCAGAGUGGGGCAGCCUAUAACCACUGCUAAACUGGGUCUGAUCCCUGGCAUCCUAUAUGGCCCCCGGACCCUGCCUGGAGUAAUUCCCAGCGCUAAACUAGGU